AUGGAUGAAGACGAGGCGACGACGUCCGGGCUGACAGACGGACCGCCGCUCGAGCAAAACAGAAUAAUCUUCUUGAACAGACCGCAGCCCAUAAAAUUCGUUAACAAUCGAAUAACUACGGCUAAAUACAGCGUUCCCUCGUUCAUCCCGCUGUUCCUGUUCGAGCAGUUCCGCCGCUACUCCAACUGCUUCUUCUUGCUGAUCGGGCUGCUGCAACAGAUCCCUGACGUGUCUCCCACGGGACGCUGGACCACGGUCACUCCGCUCGUCUUCAUCCUCUGCGUCAGCGCCCUCAAGGAAAUCGUUGAAGACUUCAAGCGUCACCGAGCAGACGAUGAGACGAACAGGCGGAAGGUGGAGGUGCUACGCGAGGGCCGGUGGUCCACCAUCCUCUGGCAGGACUUGGUGGUGGGGGAUAUCUGCAAGGUCGUCAACAACCAGUUCUUCCCCGGAGACAUUGUCGUGCUGGCUUCCAGUGAACCACAAGGCAUCUCAUUCAUUGAGACCUCAAACCUGGACGGGGAGACGAACCUGAAGAUCAGACAGGCGCACCAGGAGACGGUGCACCUGGACAAUACGCCAGCUCUCAUCGACUUCAGAGCCACCAUACAGUGCGAGCAGCCCAACCGACAUCUCUACGAGUUCAAUGGAUUGCUUAAAGAUUCUAACAACAAAGCGAUACCACUGGGCCUGGACCAGAUGUUACUGCGCGGCUCCAUGCUUCGCAACACAAACUACAUCUACGGCGUCGUCGUCUACACGGGACACGAAACCAAACUCAUGAAGAACUCCACCAAAGCCCCCCUGAAGCGGUCGUCGAUCGACCGUCAGACCAACACACACAUCCUAUUGCUGUUCUUGAUCCUGUUGACGCUGUCGCUGGUCAGCGCCGCCUUCAACGAGCUCUGGAUGCGCGCGCACAGCGACUGGUAUAUUGGACUCGAAGACGCGCAGAAUGCACAUUUCGUAUUUAACUUUUUGACAUUUUUAAUAUUGUACAACAACCUUAUACCUAUAUCGUUACAAGUUACUGCAGAAAUAGUUAGAUUUUUUCAAGCGAAGUUCAUAUCGAUGGACAGUGAGAUGUACCACGCGGCCACGGACACGCCCGCCAUGGCUCGCACCUCCAACCUCAACGAGGAGCUCGGCAUGGUGCAGUACAUCUUCAGCGACAAGACCGGCACCCUCACCUGCAACGUCAUGGAGUUCCGCAAAUGUAGCAUCGGAGAGAUAAUAUACACGGUCAAGGGUCCCGACGAGAAGCUGGAGGACACGUUGCUGUACCAGAACAUGCAGCGCAACCACCCGACGGCGCCCGUCAUCCGGGAGUUCCUCACCAUGCUGGCCAUCUGCCACACCGUCAUACCCGAGCGAGUGGGCGACCAGCUCAACUACCACGCCGCCUCGCCAGACGAGCGCGCGCUGGUGCUGGGCGCGGCGCAGUGGGGCUACGUGUUCGACCAGCGCACGCCGCGCUCCGUGCGCAUGCGCGCGCCGCACGCCGUGGAGGAGUACUCCGUGCUCAACGUGCUCGACUUCACCUCGGCGCGCAAGCGCAUGUCCGUCAUCGUGCGCACGCCCACGGGUGAGAUCAAGCUAUACUGUAAGGGCGCGGACACAGUGAUCUACUCCCGCCUGGCGGGCGGCGAGCACGCCCAGUACGCCGACACUACGCUCUCACACCUCGAGCUCUUCGCCUGCGACGGACUACGGACGCUCUGCUUCGCCGUCGCUGAUAUAUCUGAGCAGUUCUAUCAGGACUGGGCCAACACGUACCACAAGGCCAGCAUCGCGAUACAGGACCGCGAGCGCAAGCUGGAGGAGGCCGCCAUGCUCAUUGAGAACAACCUGAGGCUGCUCGGGGCCACCGCAAUUGAAGACAAGCUGCAGGACGGUGUCCCCGAGACGAUAGCGGCGCUGCUGAAGGCCAACAUCAACGUGUGGGUGCUGACGGGCGACAAGCAGGAGACCGCCAUCAACAUCGGCCACUCCGCGCGCCUCCUGCACGCCGCCAUGCCGCUCGUCAUACUCAACGAGGACAGCCUCGACGGCACCCGCGAGUGCAUAAACCGUCACACCGCAGAGUUCGGUGACAACUUGCUGAAGCAGAAUGACGUGGCUCUCAUCACAGACGGCAAGACCCUCAAGUACGCGAUGGGAUGUGACCUGAAGAAGGACUUCCUCGACCUGUGCGUAUCCUGCAAGGUGGUUAUCUGCUGCCGAGUGUCGCCCAUUCAGAAAGCUGAGGUGGUAGAGCUGGUGUCAUCGUCGACGGGCGCCGUGACGCUGGCCAUUGGCGACGGCGCCAACGACGUGGCCAUGAUACAGCGCGCCUCCGUCGGCGUCGGCAUCUCCGGCGUCGAGGGGCUGCAGGCCGUCUGUGCCUCGGACUACAGUAUCGCCCAGUUCCGCUUCCUUCUCCGUCUACUUCUGGUGCAUGGUGCGUGGAACUACUCCCGCAUCAGUAAACUGAUCCUGUACUCCUUCUACAAGAACAUCUGCCUCUACGUUAUCGAGCUCUGGUUCGCCAUAUACUCCGCUUGGUCUGGACAAAUUAUAUUCGAACGCUGGACGAUAGGUUUCUACAAUGUGAUCUUCACCGCUUUGCCGCCCUUCGCCAUUGGACUCUUCGACAAGCUCUGUUCCCCUGAAAUCAUGCUGAGGCACCCGGUGCUGUACGUGCCGUCGCAGCAGGGCCUGUUGUUCAACGUGCGCGUGUUCUGGGUGUGGGCCGUCAACUCCAUCCUGCACUCCGUGCUGCUGUUCUGGCUGCCCAUGCUCAUGCUCAGCCACGCCGUCGUCUGGCCCGCCGCCCGGGACGGCGGGUACCUGCUCAUGGGGAACAUCAUCUACACUUACGUGGUGCUGACGGUAUGCCUGAAGGCAGGACUGACCACACACUCGUGGACGUGGGUCACUCACGUCGCCAUCUGGGGCUCCGUCGUCAUGUGGUUCAUAUUCGUACUCAUCUACAGCAACGUGUUCCCGACGGUGAUGAUCGGCGCAGUGAUGCAGGGCAUGGACCGCAUGCUGUUCACCUCGCUGGUGUUCUGGCUCGGCCUCAUACUCAUCCCCGUCGCCACGCUCAUCCCCGACAUGCUCGUCACUGUCAUCCACAACUCCAUGUUCAAGUCGAUGACAGAGGCCGUGCGUGAGAGCGAGAUAAAGCAGCGCGACCCCAGCGCACUGCUCACUCACCCCAGACACUCCGCGGCGGACGCGCGCCACGCGCUCGUGCGGCUGGCGACGUACGGGUUCGCGUUUUCGCAAGAAGAAGGCGGCAGUGUGUCGCAGGCGGAGAUGAUCCGUGCUUACGAUACGCGGCAGCCGCGGCCGCAGCAGUCGUGAGCGCGGCGCGCGCGCAGGGGUGGCUGGGCCGGCCGAGGCCCCGCGAGCGGGCCGGGCGGGGCGGGCUGGACGGGCCCCGCGAGCUGGCCGGUCGGGGCGGGCUGGACGGGCCCCACGGGGCCGCUGCGACCUCUACACCGUCUGCUAGUCCGCGGGCCGCGCCCCGCCGCCCACACACGUACAAACUCUUCUCACCCUCUCUCGGAAACAAUAUCACUGUUGUUGUUUUAGUUAGCGUCACAGACAAACAAUAUUGUUACAGAUUCCUAUUAUUUAUUGAAAAUCACGAUCAUGACAAAUGUUACGAGUAUGUUGUAUGUCUAGUGUUACCGUACUUACGUAGGACUGUGUGCAUGCACCUCGUCUAUAUUACUAUAUUAUAUAUUAAUAUAACUUAUGUAUACAACGUAUAGUAUAAUGACUGUGGAUGGUAUACAUCAUCUCCAGUUUUUCUAUCUAUUUUGAAUGUUUUACGAGUUUCGGUCACAGGGAAUCAUGAUUUUAAAAUCCUAGACCAAAAAUUAGAUUAAAGUCUUUUUAAAAAUCUGUACUUUAAGUUGUAACUGAACGCGUUGCGGUUUACUUGUCGUGUUCUGGCGUCGGUCGCGGGGGCAGUGGCCGGGCUGGGCCGGGCUGGGCCAGACUGGACCGGACUGCGCGAGUGAUGGGAUCGUUCUCUUGUUUAUUACUCUUGUAUUGGAUACAGUCUCAGAGCUACAUCCAUGCCUUUGAUUACCAAAAGACUUGUUCAUAUAAUUUCCGUGUAGGCAGCAACUAGAUCCCUCUAUAUUGCAUUCGUUACUAGUUUUGUUGUUAGGUAAGAAAUAAUUUAUUUAUUCAAUAUAUUGCAAUGUUGUUUCACAUUAAAUAGUUAGGGAAGUACCAUAAUAAAUUAAUAACUUUGUAAAUUUUCAUUUAUUUUUGUAUGUGCGGGGUCCUUUGACAUUAUCAUUUUAAUUCAUAUAAAAAGACUCGUAAUAUACUUUUAAAAGAUUAAAGGAAAUUUCGGUGAUAGCGGCUACAAUUAUGAAGAUUAAAAUAUAUUUAAUUGUCGUGUCGGGCCGAGUUAAUUGUUGUCCAAUCUAUUAUGUAAUAAUUACAUUUUAAGUACAAGCGUAGGUAGACAUGGAAGGGCCCCGGCUAUUUACAUUGAUUUAGUUUACACGUGUAAAGCUGUAAGUACUCGAUAUUAUUUUUGUAUUCUUAUUUCAGACAAAACAUGGCCUAUGUUCCGUUGUAUCACAUAUUAUGCAUCUGCAUUAUAUACUAGGGAGGUACAGUCGCGUGUACAUAGUGUAACGCUGUACUGACGCGCUAGUGUUCAGCAUUCAGUUUACAAAAUGUUUAAUGCUUACAUGAGUGUACAUAUAUACUAUUAUAUAAAUUAUACACUUGUAUGUACAUGCUACGUCUAAAUUGUGAUGUCGCUUUGUUGAGUAGAAAUGUAUUAAUUAGAUAAAUUAUAACACGACUUAUUGUUUCUUGGUGCAUGACUCAAAAUGCAAAUCAAAUUAAAUAUUUUUAAAAUGAAAUCGAUAGUAAAUAAAUCGAAUAUUCUAACUUUGGAGCACCUUUGAAUCUCGAAGCGUAAUGUGCACUCGAUAUUUGAUCACCCACAUUGGCACGGAAUUCAUUAAUUUGACAUUACUUAAUAUCGUCUAGUCAGCCAAUUUCUACAGUUUUUUGAACAAAUUAUAUUAAUCAUAGCAGCUUUUUAAACUCCUUGUGUAAUAUACAUAGAUCGUUACACUCGCGUUUAACUUAAUGGGGGAAAUAUUGCAUUAUGUUAGAAGGGGAUGGCAACAGUGAGUACGCAGCGAUACCCAACGGCAGUUUUGUUUAGAAGAAGGAAUAAGAAUUUGUUAUAUGUAUAUCUACCAGAAAUUCUGGAUUAAGAUUGCAUUGUGUUUCGUGAGAUCUCCCCUCCCCAAUGUAUCCCCGAAUCCCCAAGAAUCUUCUUCCACCUCUUCCUCUUCUUAUUUCUAACCCCCAAAAGGCCGAGAACGCACUUGUAACGCCUCUGGUGUUUCGAGUGUCCAUGGGCGGCGCCGACUGCUUACCAUCAGGUGGUCCGUCUGCUCGAUUUCUGGCUUACCCAAUAAAAAAAAAAGAUUUCCCCCAGACGUUAAACACGGGUUCAUUGUACAAGUAGUUUAAUAAUUGAACACUAUUAAUUAAUUAAAGUAAAAUAAUUGUGAUACGUACUGAAUGAGGUGAACAUUUUCAGACUCUUUACAUGGUCGCUAGAAUAUAUUUUAAACAAACUGAUAUUGUCGCGUACGGUUCAUAACAGUUUAUUAUUGUUAACUGUUUAACGUUUAACUUUAAGUUAUUUUAAUGCGUGGGAGAUGUGGGGUCGAGACAACUAGGGAGUGAACUCAAACACAUUAUAAUGGGUAUUAAAAGGUUUUUGUGAUGUUGAAAAUCUGUGAACAAUACCCAAAUAUGAAGACAGUCUUAUAUAUUCUAUUCGCCAUCCAUUUAUGCCUUCUGUUUAAUUAUAAUUAAAAAAAUUGGAAAUACUAAGAAUGUUAUCAGCUUUACGUGUCUAAAAUACAUGCAUACCUCGUUAAGUAGUGAAUGUAUUAUUUAGUAAAUACUGAAAUCAAAUGUAUAGGAUUCCAUAACAUAGUGCUUGUUAACGUUUUGUAUUGAUAUUUAUUGUAUGUUAAUUAAUGAAUUAUUAAAGUUUUAUCAAAUAAAAUCCAAAGGCCGUUCGUUGUUAAUAUAAUAGUAUAUAGUGCUUUGUCUGUAAGAUGACAAAAGUUUAAAAUUAUGGCUUGUGCGAUAUUGAUUUUUAUACCAGUUAUAAAAUAUGUUCUUUCAGUGAAAGACACUUAUAUUGUUAGUUAAAUUGUGGUUUAAAUUAUAAAAAUAUAUGUAUUAUUCAUUUUGUACUCGAAUCCCAAUUAUUGUAGUCGAAAAUUUUAUUAAAGAGGUUUCCAAAUAUGGCAAAAUAAUGUAAUGGUCUGAUGAUAAUAAUGUCGUCUAAGGCGGACCCUGUCACUGGGCACCACAUCUCCUGCGCAGCCUGUUCUUGUGGAUGUAACAGAUAAAAAAUAUAUAAUUUGUUCUCGUUCUUUA